UUAGAGGCUAAGUGAGGGUCGCUCUCUCAGGGCACUUUUGUAGCUGGUUGCUUUCAGAGGGAGAACUGUGUCAAAGCAGCCCUUUUGAGUGAUGGAACAGCAAACCUUUGCAAGUGCAGCUCUUGUUUAAAAUGAAGGGCUUAGUUAAUCAGCAGUGAUGGAGAGUAGGCUGAAGAUUUUACAGAAAAUUUCUUCUUCCUUUUAGCCAAAUGCCAGCGAGGUGUCGCACAAUGGAAGUGUGCAGGAUGUCAAAUUGUAUAACCCACUUGGAGGUUUGCAGGCACAUAUCAGAGAGGCAUGGUCCAAAGAACAGGAAGUGGAGAAAGGCAUUAAAAGUUUGACCUACAUUGAAAGAUUGAAGGAGCGUGUAAAGAAAGUGAAAAUACCAGAGCUCAGGAGAGCCCCAUGCAGCUCUCCAGAUCUUGUGCCUGAGAGGAAGAGAACGAUGCCCACGAACCCUGCCAAAUUCUUCCAGAGACUUUCCAGGACUGUUUCCCAAUGACCCAUCAGAGACAGGGUGAUUCAUUUACUGGCUCUCAAGAAUUACAAGAAGCCAGAGCUACUUUCCCACUUAGAAAGAGAGGGAGUUGUGCAAAAGGACAAGGAAUCUCUUGGAAAGAUCCUUCAGGAGGUGAGAUCCUGGAGUCGCUGCCAGCAAUGCUAACUCUCAGCUGUCUUACUUCAGGGUUUCAAUUAGAAACUAAUGAGAGGCUUGGGAAAUGCUCCUGGUUUAGAUUUUUCCAUCAGCUUUACCCAGUUCCCCCCAAUGGCAAGCCCAUGUGAGGAAAGAAAGAAACCUUCCAAACUUGGGAGGCAUUGUUGUUUUUCUAGAAUGGCUGGCAAUGAUAAAUUCUUUGUAACAUGCUUGCUUCUCGUGCCUUUUUGUAAUCCUCUCUCUUUUCCUUGGACUCUUUAACUGCUUCAUGGAGGAACUUCAGAGGGUGAAAGUCUCAACUGGAUGAAACACUUAGUUGAGGUCCUUAAAAUCCUGGGACAAGUUUCAGAGGAGAGAAUUUUGGUAGCUGCCUAGGGCAGUAUUUCACUUGAAGGGAUUUGGUGGCCACUCGAUGGUACUUGACUGCUGCUGGGAUCUGUGGGGAUUGCUUUCCAGGGGAGGGUGUUCCAGGAAAAUCCUCCAUGAUAGAGAUGGUUCCCAACUUUGAGCACAGGGGUUCUUUGUUGUCCUGUGUAUCAAGUCUUCAAAUUCCUUGGCACCUAUUAUUAUUCAGUAACUUUUCCAGGUGUUUGUUUAGUUCCACUGGUAUUUCUUUAUCAUUCCUACAAUUCACAUUUAUGGAAGGAUUCAGUGGCUGUUUCCUUCCUUUUCCAUAUUCCCCGUCCAUGUAGGCUGUUACUGAAUUAUGCUAUCAUUAAAUAGCAUAUCAUGCAGCAAUAUUUCCUUUUUAGCUAUGAAAGAAGGGAUUAUAGGAUUUCAAAGCUCAGCUCCUUAGAAGGUAAGAGGUGGAAAAAUCUCCUUUCCCUUUUCUUCUUGUCAAUGUUUAAGGAGAUUUUGAAGGAGUAGUUUCAUGUUUGCAGUGUGAACUGCCUCAAGGUACUGGUUUGCAUUCUGAAAGGGCUGUGUGAACAGCACUUCAUCCUGAAAACUAUUAUUCACAUUUUUCUUAACUUCGCAGCAGGUGGCAUUGUUUUUGGGUAUAGAUGAAAAACCAGUAGGGUGAAUUUGCUGAGCUCUUACACUCACAGCCUUCCUUCUCUUCCAACACAGACUUAGUUGUGCUUUUAAGAAGUAAAUUCCUGAUUCUGGGUAUCUUGGUUACUUUUUAGCUGUUGAAGUGUAGCUCUAGGUAGGUUAUCUCCCACAAGUGUUCCAUAGGAACCUGUAGUUUCCUCUGAGCAAGCACUUGAGAAAGAAAAGCAGUUCUGUUUGCAGAGACAAAUGCCAGCAUCCUGUGGAGCUUCAUGGGAUGGUGAAAGCAUGCCCCGUUAGAGGCCCAGGCUGUGCUCUGCCAUGGCAAUGCAGCUGGGUGAAACAAGAGGGUAGCCAAUGUGUUCCUGAGGGUGGAAAAAUAUGGAUUUGCCCAUGGAGAUGAUGUUCUUCAGGUCUUACUCAAAAGAUAAGGAAACAGAAAGGAAAAGCCUGGCCUCUCCUUGUAUUUCAAAUGGUGAAGAUUGAGAGCUGUGGCAUAGGGGACUUUGACUCUCAAAGCUGUGUUAAAGACCAAAAAACCUGGAUCCCUGCUGCAGGGAGAGGUUUUCAUAGCAUCCAUUUCCUCCAUGCUUGCAGCACUUUGGCAUUUAUUUACCUCCCAAUUUCUAGAGCCCAAAUGGACCACACCUCUUUAAUAUUGUUACCUCUUACAUGUCAGCUGCAUUGUUCUUCACAUUGAACAAAAGUCCAGGAAAACUGGUGCAUGAUUUCUUUUCACCUUUGCUUUAGCUUUGCAGUAUCAGUUUGACAUCUAUAGUCUGCCUUUAGGUGAAAUGAACAUUUAUGUUUUAAAUGUCUGUCCUUAGGUAGCCAACCUGGAUGCAAAUGAGAAUUCUUUCAGCCUGAAGGAACAUUUCUUUAAAGACAUCCAGGAAGAUUGGCCUGGCUACACUGAAAGAGAUAGACAGACAUUGGAGGUGACCCUUUCUCAGUAAGUUCAGUCAGGACAACAACCAUUUCAAAAAACCCUCUGGGAAAUGAAGGUCUGUUUUCCCUGUGAGAAAAGAACGAUAACUGUUGAUAGUUUUGCUUUGUAACCUGAAAUGUUGGACCAUCCUUACAGAAAACCAACUCCAUCUCAGAAUUCCACCAGCACCAGCCAGUCACCAUCUCUGGGACCUUCUGAAGGAGAUACUCCACCCAGAACUGCUCAGAAACGGCCUCUGGAUUCUGACUUUCUCAGUCCUGUGAUGGGCAAGAAGCAGAGGAUUGACCAAGAGCCCAGUGAUGUCCAGCCAGCAGCUGGUGGCCACUCUCCUUCUUUCUUGGACCUGCCUUCCACAUCCUGUUCAAUUUUGAACAUGUCUCCAAGUGUCAGAUCCAUUUCCGCUUCCACCGAAGUACAACUGAAAAAUAAGGUUCUGACACAUUCUGGAUUCCCAGUGUCUGCCAGGGUGCAGGGGAAGACUCCCAAGUCCAAAGGAGAAGAAGCAGAGGUCAGAGGAGCCCAACAAAACAAUCCAGGUCCUGUGCCUGAGAAGAAGAGGAUGGUGCCUAUGAGACUUGCAGACAUCGACUGGAGCGUCUGCGCUGCUGUUCACGGCCGACCCUACAGGGACAGGGUGAUUCAUCUGCUUGCUCUGAGGGAUUACAAGGAGCCAGAGUUACUUGCUCGGCUGCAGAGAGAUGGAGUCAGGCCAAAGGACAAGGAUUCCCUUGGAAAGAUCCUUCAGCAGGUAGCCAACGUGAAUGCAAAGGAGAAUUCCUUUAGUCUGAAGGAACAUCUGUUUCAAACCCUUCAGAGUGAUUGGCCUGGCUACAGUAAAAUCGAAAGAAAGAGUUUGAAGUCAAUACUUUCUAGAAAAUCAGCUCCAUCUCAGAACCCCACCAGCAGCAGCCAAGCAACGUCUCCAAGGCCUUCUGAGACAGAUGCUCCAGCAAGACCUGCUCAGGGUAGCCCCAGCUACUCCGAGAUGAAGAGCAGGUGCCACAGGAGCAGUAGCUCCACAAAAAGCUGUCCCACAUUCAGCAAUGAGUAUCUGAAUUUGGCAAGCAGCAAGUCCUGGAGUCCUGGCACCAGUCUUCUGCUUCAGCAAAGGAUCAUCUAUGAGCUCCAGCUGUUUUAUUUUAAAAGAUGAUUAGCUUUUUAGGUUUCUUCAAGUUAGUAAUAAGGAGAUGAUUAUUUGUUAAAAAUGUAGGAUUAGUUAGUCUACGAUUAGAGACUUUAGUAUUGAACUUUAGCAAUAAAAAAGUUGCAUUAUUGUUAACUCCUUCUCUUAUCAUCAGUUUUAUCAUAUUUGGAGAGUCUUUCUUCUGGUCAAUUCUUCUCUUCAAGACUUAGCUCUGUCCACUGAAUGAAACUUAUCAGUAGAGAAUGGAAGCCCAGUACCUUUAUUAUAAAAUUGUGCACAUAUUAAGAAAAUAUUGUAGCAAAUGGAAUUUCUUUAUGACAAGAAUAAGCCUGUUUUCUGAUUUACUUGUUAAUUUAAAAUCUUUGCCUUAAGGGAUGGAAAGGGUAGAGGACAACCU